UUGGAGCUUAAAAGCCACGUCGGUUUGGGGAGAGUAAAUUUAAUUUCUUUUUUUUUAGUUAAAUUGUGUUUAAGUUAAUUAACAAUUAUUUAUUUGUGUUUAUUAAAGUGUAUUAGAGUCAAAUUAAUUAGGUUAAAAUGAAUAUAUUUCGUAUGCUUGGUGACUUGUCACAUUUACUGGCGAUCAUUAUACUUCUGUUAAAGAUAUGGAAGACCCGGUCUUGUUCAGGUAUUUCUGGAAAGAGUCAGUUAUUGUUUACAGCGGUAUACACCACCAGAUAUCUAGAUUUGUUCACUAAUUUCAUUUCUCUCUACAAUUCUGUUAUGAAGGUUGUUUUCUUGGGAACAUCAUAUGCAACCAUCUAUUUGAUUUAUCUUAAAUUUAAAGCAACCUACGAUAGAAAUCAUGAUACUUUCCGUGUUGAAUUUCUUCUGGCACCUUGUGCUCUGUUGGCAUUAGUAUUGAAUCAUGAGUUUUCUUUCCUUGAGAUUCUGUGGACAUUUUCAAUUUACCUUGAAGCAGUAGCUAUUUUACCGCAAUUAUUUAUGGUCUCUAAGACGGGCGAAGCCGAAACAAUUACCUCUCAUUAUCUUUUUUGCCUUGGAUCAUACCGAGCUCUUUACAUCUUUAACUGGAUCUACCGUUAUUAUUUUGAAGAUUUCAAAGAUCUAAUCCCGGUGAUCGCUGGAAUUGUCCAAACUGUUCUCUAUUGUGAUUUCUUCUACCUUUAUAUAACCAAAGUCAUAAAGGGUCGAGCUCUCAAACUACCUGCUUGAACCAACCUUUUGUACUUCUAUUCAUAAUUCCCACCCAGAAGAUUGUAUUUCUGAAUAGAGAUAUUUAAUUGGAUUGCAAUUGUAAACGUGCAUACUCUGUCUCUCUCACACACACACAAACACACAACCACUUGGAAAUAUAUAUUUGGAUGUUUUUUUUUUCCUUCAAGUCCAACUAAAUAACAACAAUUUACAUAAAAGAAAAAGCUACACAACAAAAUUUAUUCUUAUUUUAAACGCUUGUGGCCUGUUUCGUGUGUCCCACCUUUCCAGUGUGACCAUUACAGUUACAAAUGACCCUUUUUACCGUUUGUUUUGAGAAACAGCCACUUUUUUUUCUAGGAGAAGAAAAGAGAAACAAAAACAAACGAAAGAAAUUUCUUGGUAUAGAUUAUUUUCCCCUUCCAAUUGAUCAAAUGUUUAUCUAAAGAAAACCGUAUAUAUACACCAAUUUGUAUUCGAUGCCAUUGGAAAAUGAAAAGAGGAUGUUAUAUAUAAAGAAACUAAUAUGUUCAAUUGA